AUGGGCGAAGAGAUCGCUCCACCCCAAGGUUUCGGUGCUUGGGGUCCGUUUGUUCGCGACAACUACCGCCCUAUACGUGUGACUCGCGCAGACAUAGCCGUAGCGGCUGCAGCGUUCGGUCUGACCAUCUUCUUCGCCAUAACCGCAGGCUUCAUCGCCAUCAGGCAGACGAAAGCAUGUCGGCGCCCAAGGACCAUGCUUUGCUGGGUUUUUCAAAUUCAGUUACUGCCUCAGGUUAUCAUCAAUCGCAUUCGUAUCAUCCUUGGGGACCGGGUCAAAGGCCGGCGCCUCGUCGCAGGCGCCGCAAUCUAUGUGACCUUGAUCAAUAUCAGCGUGUUCAUCAUCUGGAUACCUGCGCGGCUGCAAAUAAGCUCAAAGUACGCCUGCAAUCCGGUUUUCACGAGUACGCCCACUAAUGGACGCAGUUGGGUUCGAAUUAACGCUAUUUGGGAUCGCACCGAGAAAGUUUUAUUUCUUCUCCUCGAUGGAUACCUCAAUUGGUACUUCAUCCGCGUCGUCAAUGCGGAUCUGGUUAAGAACGGCUUGAGCAAAUACAAUCGCCUGGUCCGUUUCAACAAGCGCAUCAUUGUCGUCUCUCUCUUGUUGGACGUCUUGAUUAUUGGCGCGAUGAGCAUCCCCAAUGGAUUUGUCUACGCUAUGUUCCAUCCUCUUGCAUACCUGGUCAAGCUCAACAUAGAAAUGUCCAUGGCUCACCUCAUCAAGACCAUAGCCCUAGGCAGCCCGAACCCUGGUAAUGACCCUUCACGACUCUUGACUUUCUCGUCUUCGCCCGGUGAAGACAUGUUUAAUGCCGAUCUGUUUGCGGAAGUACCACAGCAACGACGCUCGCUCAUUCGCGGUUUGUUCGGCAGCGAUCAUAUCUCGUUCUCCCAAGAAGAUGUUCGCAUGCGAAAACCGGGAGAUUCUUCUACAGGUAGCACGUCCGUGCCUGACUACGAACUGCCGUCUUGGAAACCUAGGGCGGAGAAGGAGCCUGAUAUGAUCGGCAGCGAUAAUCGCAGCUCUGAAGCAAAGCACAACACGAGAAACCACCAAGAGAACUGUCGUCAGGAGAGCAAGGUGCCGAGCAGGACCAGAAGUCUGGAUGGAGGACCAAACAUCCCCAUGCCGGCGGCAGUACAUCUUCCUACUCGAGCAAACAUGUCGGAAGCUGGUUGA